AAUGAAUUCGGCUGGAGGAGCGUGUAGGUACGGUACCGGAGGAAUGUUGUUGUUGUCGUUGUUGUUGUGUUGCACUUGCUGCCUCGUCGACGUGGCUGUUCAUCACUCAACGUCGCUCUACCUUACUCUUGUGCGACUUUCACGCACUUCCACUCAUCCGUCGUCGAUGAUUGGAACUGGAAAUCAUGUAACCCUCCCUACGCUCAUGUGCGGUCUACCGCCAUAGUUCGACGGCAAGAUCAGGACUUCUGCUGCUGCUGUACCUCAACCUCGUCCCAUCUUGACUACUACAUGUAAGAUGGAGGUGCAACAACACCCACAAACGUAUCUUCCCAUUUUCAUUCCAUUCCCCUUCUUGCAUUGCAUUGCACUGCACUAAACGAUUCUAAUGUCCAUCCUCAGGGUAACAAUCCGCUCGUCCGGUCCCACAGACUACUCCACCGAACAGCUCCGACUGCGACUACGGGAAGCAGUAGCCAACAUGGAAGUCAACGAGCAGAUGGAAGUCCUAGAGAACAACAGGAGGAGGCAAAGAAGGGCCGCCGACUCUGUCCAGCUCACGAGGAGAAGCCAUCCCGUCCCGCCACCACUGCUACCAGUCCGUAGAAGAAGCAGCAGCAGCAGUAGUAGUGCUGAUAGCAACAACAACAUCAACCUCUCACCAGUCUCCUCCUCCUCCCACCACUCGCAGAUUUCGCCCAAGACACAAUAUCCAUCGGCUGUGACGAGUAUGCGAAAGCAGAAGACGCUCCCGCUCCUCUCGCAGCACUCGCCUCCGGCUCCCGCUCGUGUACCGACUUGCUCGGGCGCUAUGGUUACUGUUCCCAAGAAGAAAGAUGUCCAACUUCCGGUGUUGACUUCUUAUCGGAAUGGUGAGCCGGCGUCCAGAAGAAGAAGACCGGGAACGGAUAGUGUUGAUGACGAUGACGAUGACGGCGAAUACUGUAUCAGAAGGUCUCGCCGAGAGACGAGGACGGGGAAUGAUUGGGAGGUGACGAGGAAGAACCACUAUUCUUAUUGGCCACCUAAGAAGACGACGACAACAACAAAAACGCGGAGAUUUAUUUCGUGA